AUGUCUUCGCUCGAUUCUUACAAGACACAGCUCCUCGAGGAAGCUGCGCGAGUUGGUGCUCUUAAAUUCGGCAACUUCACGCUCAAAUCUGGCCGUAAAUCUCCUUAUUUCUUCAAUGCGGGUCUCAUGUCCGAUGGUACCAUUUUACAUACAGUCGCACAAGCUUACGCUGCCACACUCUGUGCUCCGGCCUCUGACGAUGAUGAUCCCAUGGCCAACCCCUUUUCUGACUUCGAUAUUCUCUUUGGACCCGCCUACAAAGGCAUUUCCCUCGCAGCUUGCACCGCGCUCGUACUAUCCAUGCAUGGCCGCGAUGUUAGGUUCGCAUACGAUCGGAAGGAAGUAAAAGAUCACGGUGAAGGCGGCAAUGUCGUCGGAUGGCCGUCGGGUUGCAAUCAGAAAUGGCGUGUGGUGAUUGUGGACGAUGUGAUGACCACCGGACUUGCAGCAAGCUCCACAAUAAAACUCGUGGCUCGGCAGGGCGGAGAAGUGGUCGGGGUUGUACAGCUUCUCGAUCGGGAGGAGUUUUCCGAGAUAGACGAGCAUGGUUGCAAGAUUAGCUCGGUGAUGAAACUGGAGACUUUACUUGGAGGUAAGGGGAAGGUUCGAAGUGUCUUGAAGAUGCGGGACCUGGUACAAUGGUUAGAGGAGAAAGAAGCACAAGGGCAGACAACAGAAGAAGAGAAGAAGACUUUGCAGGAAAUGAGGGAGUAUAGAGAGACAUAUGGUGUAUCAUCGUCCUGA